AUGGCAGCAAGUGGAGGUGGCAAAGGUGCUGGAGGGCAGCCCCCGCCGCCGACAGGGCCUGUGCCCAACGUCACACUCGAGGAGGCCAAGCAACUCGGCAGUCUCUCCGAAAAGGCGUGUGACAAGGCGGCGGCGAGUAAGUACAAAGACCUGGUGAAGUUCAUGGAAGCGGCACAGAAGCCGCCACCGACAGGGUCCCCCGUGUCCAAGGUGCAGCAGUCCCACUCCGAGGUCAAGCGGCUGGAGCAGAAGCUCGAGGGCGACCUCGCGCGGCUGCUUCGGCUGCAGACGGAGAUGGCGGAGGCUACCACCAAGAUCAGGGACACGCAGGAGGGCGUACAAGGUGGAUAUUUCAUCGAUCAUUGUGAUCUACUCGAACAUAUGUGCAGCUCAGAGUACGAGGUCACGGACACUGAUCGCACCGAGUUCGAGAAGCGCAAGCAGACACUGCGAGACGGAGUCCAGGCGUUGGCGCCAGAUCUUUUCAAGCAGGUGGUCAACGCUGCCAGAGACGCCAAACAGGUUCAUGCUCAACAUAUGGCGCGCCUGGUCCCGAAGCGGCAGAAGGCCAACGACGGGACGGCCCAGCCCGCGGGCGAGGCAUCGGAGGACCACAAGGGCGGCGAACAUGUUCAUGGUGACAUCGCUGCUGCUGCGGAGUCCGCUGAGACUGCCGCUCAGCCCGCCGAGCCCUCAUCCAAGGGCGCGCGCGAGCGCGCUGCCGAGGCUCUCGCCGCCGUUGUGACCUCCGCAGCGGAUGCCGGCGCCUCGGAGUGCGAGCUUUAG